AUGGACCAGAGUCUGAAGCAGCUUUUCCUUCAAACAACAAGUCCAAAUGGAGCAAUUCGGAACAAUGCUGAAAGUCAACUGAAGAGCCUGGAAAAGAAUACUGAGUUUCUAAACUAUAUAAGAAACGUUCUGAUGAAGGAUCAGGACAAAAUCAUCCAGCAAAUAAGUUCGAUUUAUUAUAUGAAUACAAUAGAGAGAAACUGGAAGGCGCCAGAGUUGAAAAAUGUUACUACGGAUCUUGAAGAUAGCAUCCUCAAUCUUCUUUUGAUUGAAGAUAAAUAUCCAAAGCUAGCCUAUCAAAAAAUUUUGCAAUGUGUCUUUAAUAAUUCUGAAAAAGAAACGAUUUUAAACAUUUUCAGAGACUCUGCAAAUUUUUUGAGUUCAACGGAUUUAAACAAGAACAAAGCAGCCCUAGUACUUUUCGAAGAAGUGUUUAGAUCAGAGGCAUUGAGGUUCAACCUUGAAGAUAUUCUUGGUGUAAUGUUCAAUAAAAUGGGUAGUAUCUUCACAUCUAGAUUUACGGAGUAUAUUUCUACAAGAAAGUUUGCACUCGCGAGCAUCUGUAUGAAGGUAAUUGCCAAGGCAUAUUCACAUUACACUCUUCCUGAUUUUUUGAAUUCGCUCGAGGUGUUUUCCGGAUACUUCCAGCUUGCCAUUCAAAUUUUAAACACAAAAUGUGAAAAGGAUGAUGGUUUUUUGAGACUACAGAAAUGGGCAGCUUUCUUUUUGUACAAAUCAACCAAUAAGGGCCUCAAAAAGUACUUUAAAAACAAUGAUUUCGUACAGUUUAUUAGAACUGAUUCAACAUUAGAGCUGCUUUACAGCACAUUCAGCAAAUUGCUUAAUGAUUAUAUUUCAGGUGUGUCUGUCCACGAAAGAGGCCCCAUUAUCUGUGCCGACUUCUUUUCCCUUUUUGCUGGCAACAAGCGAGCCAAGUCGUUUAUUAAGAAUAAUUACAUGUUUUUAAUAAGCUCAUUUAUACUUCCUUCACAGAGCUACAGUGGAGAUUUAAAGGAUAAUUUUGAAGAUAACGCCGAAGCAUAUCUGAGAGAAAGGUACAAUUAUUACAAUAGCGAUCUCCGAUCAGCCACAGCUGAGCUGUUUGAGGAGAUUCUUUAUAGUGACAAGGAAGUUGAAAUGAAUGUCGUAUCAUCAAUGAGGGAAUUCUUGGAUGUUGGUAUAAAUGAAAGCAAUGCUCCGAUGAGAUUUGGUGUUAUUGGAUUGUUGGCAAACACUCAGAAAUCGCUAAUUAAGAAUCUGAGUGGAGAAGAAUUUCAUCAAUUCCUUGUCAGAUACAUCUUUCCUGAUCUUAGCUCUCCUCAUUUGUUCCUCAUAUCUCAAGCCUUAUAUUUUCUUUCUCUAAUGGAGUCCAUUGAAAUUUUGGAUAGCCAAGUCUAUGAUGCGUUGAGUAAGAUAUUUUCAUUGACAAAUAAUGAAAAUGAUAUCCUCUCGGUUGAGUCUUGCUUAGCUUUGAACGCAUUCUUCUAUAACGAGUCUCUUCGUAAUUUAUUUAAACCAAGCAUUCCUUCAUUAUUUGAAAAAAUUCUCUUUUAUACUAAAAAGUAUUUUCUGGAGUCACUAUCCACCCUUUGUGAUUCUAUUAUCGACUGUUUUACUGAAGAUAUCACAGAAUAUGCACCUCACUUCAUCCAAACAAUCUGUUCUUCUUUUAUGGAUCAUAUUGAGUCAGAAAAUGAAGAAAAAUUAAAUGCAAUUUCAGGCUGCUUAAAUACAAUCCAAAAGUUGGUCAUGACAGCCGAGGAUAAGCCUGAAAUUGUUUCUAGUAUUUACCAAUAUGCUUCGAGAAUAGUUUAUUAUGUUUUUGAGAACCAAAAGACAGAGUUUUUCCAGGAAUGCUUUGAUCUCAUGAAUAGCUUCUUGUAUGUUUUACGAAGCAUAAAUGAGAACAUGUUUGAGAUAUUCAUUCUUUCUCUCUCCAGUGAUAAAGAUGAAAUUUGUCUUUAUCCCCGAGAGAUCUGUGAUUAUAUCGACAAUUUUCUUACCUAUGGAGGAGAGCGCAUGAUUACACCCAAGACACUGGAAUUAAUAUACAACUGUAUCGAUAUAUUUAUGCCUAUUAAUAGUUCAGAAUGCGAUGUGUAUGACGAAGAUUUUGAGGCAGCCUGCAGAAUUAUAGACAGUGUGAUGCUUAAUGCAGGUUGUGCUGCACACCAGCUGAAUCAAAAUCUGAUACCAGCUAUUAUUCACAAACUUAUCUCCAACUAUGAGUUUGCUAAUACUUAUGAGGCCUUGCCCAUAUAUGCUCUUGAUUCUAUUACAAACUGUUUUAUUGUCUCCCCUGAGGUUACCCUAAUGAACCUAGGCACUUUUACUGAAACAUUUUUUUCAGAACUGGACGUUCAUAAGAAAAAGUUUAUUAGAGUAUAUGAUAAAAAGUUGUUAUUGCUGUUUAUGGGUACUCUUUUCAAGAUUAAUGCCAAUAUUUCUAUAAAUUACGAAGUCUUUUGUGAUCUUUUCGUUUAUGUGGUGACUACGCUACCUGAGGCCAUAAAGAAACGAAACAAGCUAAAGCAGCAAGAGGAAAAUGCAGAUGAGGAGCUUGACGGAGAUUAUUCGGACUACUCUGCCGAAGACAUCUACGAGGAUAUUUACUUUGAGACUGUUCUUGACAAGUUUGAUGCCUAUGAAUUUACUAGGGGUGUUCUUUCGACCAUUUCUCCUAAUACCAUUGGUGAAAAAACUGUCGCGGCUAUGAGUUCUUCACAUAUUGCACAGAUUAAGGAAGUUUUGGAGAUGCCACAAGAGAUACAAAAAUAA